UAAUUGCUUUCACAUAGACGCGGUUUACUUUGAAACCGCUCCCAUCGCUGACGCUGACCAUUCCACCAUCCCGUAAUGCCAUUUCCCCUAAUUUCUCUUUGAUUCCUCUUCUCCUUCCCUGCUCUUCGUCUUCGCAACUUUUUCCAUUCAGAGUUCUGUUCCUGCCCAACCCACACAUGUCUCACGGUCAACCUCAACCUGGUAGCUUAUGAACUUCCCAAACCCCCUUUCUAAUUCGCACCACUUUCCGGUUCUAUUAUCCUUAUGGGACUUUCCCAUAAUCGGUCCCGAUGAGAAAUCUGCUUCUUUCAUGCAUUUUCUUGAUGCUCCAUUGCUCGAUUUUCCUUAGCAUCGGAAAGUAUGUGGUCCGUGGACGAUGUCCUGAGGAUCAGCAGUCUCUGUUGCUCGAAUUGAAGAAUAAUCUCACAUAUGAUUCUUCCUUCUCCAAGAAACUCGUGAUGUGGAAUGUAAGUGUCGAUUACUGUAAUUGGAAUGGUGUAAUCUGCGACGACGGCUGUGUCGUCGGUCUUGAUUUGAGCAAUGAGUUCAUCUCCGGUGCGAUUGAUAAUUCAAGCAGUCUUUUCGGUCUUCGGUUCUUGCGAAAUCUGAAUUUGUCCUGCAACGGUUUUAAUUCCACGAUUCCGUCCGGGUUUGAAAGACUUCUCAAUUUGAGUGUUCUGAAUAUGUCUAAUUCAGGAUUUGGGGGCCAAAUUCCUAUUGGGAUUUCAAGCUUAACGAGGUUGGUUACUCUGGAUCUUUCUAGCUCAUCCUUCCUACAAACUUCGACACUGAAACUUGAGAAUCCAAAUUUGAUGACUCUUGUUCAGAAUUUGAGAAAUUUGAGAGUGCUAUUUCUAGAUGGUGUUGAUUUAUCAGCAGGAGGAAGUGAAUGGAGCAAGGUCUUAUCAUCUUCACUGCUUAAUCUGAGAGUGUUGAGUUUGUCGAGCUGUUCUCUUUCUGGACCUCUCGAUUCUUCCCUUGUGAAGCUUCAGUAUCUAUCAGAAAUUCGUUUGGAUAAUAACAACUUUUCCUCACCUGUUCCCGAGGAAUUUGAAGGGUUCUCAAAUUUGACUUCGCUGCGUCUUAGCAAUUCGAGAUUGAUUGGAGCAUUUCCACAGAGCAUAUUCAAGGUAUCAACUCUUCGGACUCUCGACUUAUCCAAUAAUAUAUUGCUGCAAGGUUCUGUUCCAGAUUUUCAAUUCAAUGCACCCCUUCAAAAUCUAGUGCUCCAUACCACGAAUUUUUCCGGGACACUUCCAGAUUCUAUUGGAUAUUUUGAGAACUUGACCAGAUUAGAUUUGGCGGGUUGCAACUUUAGAGGGUUGAUCCCAAUUUCUACUGCAAAGCUCACACAACUCACGUAUAUGGAUUUUUCAACUAACAGAUUUGUUGGUCCAAUCCCAUCAUUUUCGUUAUUGAAGAAUCUUACUGUCUUGAACCUUGCUCAUAAUCGGUUGAUUGGUUCCAUGCUUUCCACCAAAUGGGAAGAGCUUUCCAAUCUUGUUAAUCUUGACUUGCGUAACAAUUCACUCACUGGAAAUGUUCCUUUGUCUCUCUUCCAUCUUCCAUCAGUCCAGAAGAUUCAGCUUAGCUACAACCAAUUGAACGGURGUUUGGAGGAGCUCUCCAAUGUGUCUUCUUUCUUACUUGAUACCCUUGAUUUGGAGAGCAAUCAGUURGGAGGUCCAUUCCCRUURUCGKUUUUUGAACUUSGKGGUCUUAAGAUUCUCUCACUUUCUUUCAACAAUUUUACUGGAAAGUUGAAUCUAAGCAUGUUCGAGCAGCUGAAAAAUAUUUCAAGAGUUGAACUCUCAAGCAACAGCCUGUCAGUUGAAACAGAAAGUAUUGACUUCUCUGCCUUUCCUCAAAUGACCACAUUAAAGUUGGCUUCUUGCAAGUUGAGAAGUUUCCCUGGCUUCUUGARAAACCAAUCCAAACUCAACUCUCUUGAUCUCUCUCAUAAUGAACUUCAAGGACGAAUACCUCCCUGGAUUUGGGAAAUUAGAAGUCUCAGUGAAUUAAAUCUUUCUUGCAACUCUCUUGUUGGUUUUGAUGGGUCACCGCAGAAUAUUUCUACCUUUCUGAAACUUCUUGACCUCCAUUCGAACGGAUUUAAAGGGCCACUUACAUUCUUUCCUCCCAAUGCUGGCUAUUUGGAUUUCUCCAAUAACAGUUUCAGUUCUGUAAUUCCACCCGAUGUGGGCAAUUACCUCUCAUGGACGAUCUUCUUUUCUCUAUCAAGAAAUGAUAUUCGAGGUAGUAUUCCUGAAUCCAUAUGCAAUGCUACAARUCUUCAGGUACUUGAUCUAUCUAAUAAUAACAUGAGUGGCAUGUUUCCCCAAUGUCUAACUAAGAUGACUGAUAAUCUUGUGGUACUAAAUCUAAGRGGAAACRCCUUCARUGGCUCUAUUCCUAGUACAUUUCCAGUUACAUGCAGUCUGAGGACUCUUGAUCUCAGUGGAAACAAMAUYGGAGGGAAGGUACCRAGUUCUUUAUCSAAUUGCSGAGAUUUGGAGGUUYUGGACCUUGGGAAUAAUCAGAUACAYGAUKUCUUUCCAUGUCCAUUGAAGAACAUAUCUACCUUGCGCGUCCUUGUUCUUCGGUCGAACCAAUUUUAUGGGAAGUUCGGAUGUCCAGAAACGAAUGGCACGUGGCGUAGCCUGCAGAUUGUCGACCUAUCUCGRAACAACUUUACYGGUAAUAUAUCUGRRAAAKRMWURAURAAGUGGAAAGCAAUGGUGGAUGAGGAAGAAUAUAGCAAGUCAAGAGCUAAUCACCUUCGGUUUAAUUUCUUCAAAUUCAGUUCUGUGAAYUWUCARGAYACAGUKACAGUWACARSCAAAGGUCUKGACAUGGAAYUGWMRAAAAUCCUAACASUYUUCACAGCCAUCGACUUCUCGUGCAAUAACUUCAGUGGCCAAAUACCUGUAGAAAUCGGACAACUCAAGGCACUUUAUGUUCUCAACUUUUCGCACAAUUCUCUGUCUGAUGAAAUUCCUUCAUCCAUCGGAAACUUGAGUCAGCUGGGAUCUUUAGACCUUUCAAGCAACUUUCUUACUGGCAAAAUCCCUUCACAGCUUGCACUGCUUUCGUUUCUAUCUGUACUGAAUCUUUCCUUCAAUCGGUUGGUGGGGAUGAUCCCCAUUGGCACUCAAAUUCAAUCCUUCCCACCAGAUUCCUUUGAAGGUAAUGAAGGAUUAUGCGGAGCCCCCUUGCCCAAGGAAUGUAAAACUGCCAUUCGACCAACUUCAGAUACAAGUAUCUCAGGAAAUGUUUCAGUAGCUUAUUCUACUGAUUGGCAGUUCAUGUUCAUUGGAGUGGGGUUCGGAGUUGGAGCAGCUGCAGUUGUUGCUCCGCUUAUGUUUUUGGAGGUCGGAAAAAAAUGGUCCGACGACACCGUCGACAAAAUUCUUCUGGCAAUUCUCCCAUUGAUGGGAUGUAUCUACCUGACUUCCAGGGACCGGAAAGUAGAACCAGAAGAUGAUAGUGAAGAAGAUGAAGACAUUGGAGGUGGAUAUGAAGAUAAAGAAAGUGAAGAAAUAUCCUCAGAAUUUCGAGGGCCGUAUUGUGUUUUUUGUUCAAAACUUGACAUCUAUUUGAAAAGGGUCAUUCAUGAUCCUCUAUGUACAUGCCUCCCUUCACCAUCCCCGUCCUCUUCUUUCUCUGCAUUCCCAGAGAAAAUUAAAACGUGCAUGGCCGACAGCGAGGAUUUCAGGCUGGUGUCAUCGGCGAUAGAUCACGAAGGGAGGUUGCCGAGAAAGUACACGUCGGAAGGGCAAGGGACGCAGAAGAAUAAAUCUCCGCCGUUGGAAUGGUACAAUGUGCCCAAGGGGACCAAGAGCCUUGCCCUGGUGGUGCAGGACAUCGACGCGCCGGACCCGCAGGGUCCGAUUGUGCCGUGGACCGUGUGGGUGGUCCUCAACAUUCCGCCCACAUUGAAGGGCCUGCCCGAAGAUUUCUCGGGCAAACACGAAGCGCUCGGCGCUGAUUAUGCCGCUAUCCAAGAGGGGAAUAACGACGAGAAAAUCCCUGGUUGGCGCGCCCCCACUUUGCCCUCCCACGGCCACCGCUUCGAGUUCAAGCUCUACGCUUUGGACGACCAGUUGAACCUCGGCCACAAGAACGCUCUUNCUCGGAACAACUUUACCGGUAAUAUAUCUGAAAAAGAAUUAAUAAAGUGGAAAGCAAUGGUGGAUGAGGAAGUUUAUAGAAAAUCAAGAGCUAACCACCUUCGGUUUAAUUUCUUCAAAUUCAGUUCUGUGAACUUUCAGGAUACAGUUACAGUUACAGCCAAAGGUCUUGACAUGGAAUUGAAGAAAAUCCUAACAGUUUUCACAGCCAUCGACUUCUCGUGCAAUAACCUCAGUGGCGAAAUACCUGCAGAAAUCGGACAACUCAAGGCGCUUUAUGUUCUCAACUUUUCGCACAAUUCUCUGUCUGGUGAAAUUCCUUCAUACAUCGGAAACUUGAGUCAGCUGGGAUCUUUAGACCUUUCAAGCAACUUUCUUACUGGCAAAAUCCCUUCACAGCUUGCACUGCUUUCGUUUCUAUCUGUACUGAAUCUUUCCUUCAAUCAGUUGGUGGGGAUGAUCCCCAUUGGCACUCAAAUUCAAUCCUUCCCACCAGAUUCCUUUGCAGGCAAUGAAGGAUUAUGCGGAGGCCCCUUGCCCAAGGAAUGUAAAACUGCCAUUCGACCAACUUCAGAUACAAGAAUCUCAGAUGAAGUUUCAGAAAAUGAAUCUGGAUGGAAAUACAUAAUCAUUUCCCUUGGAUUCUUAUCAGGAGUGGUCACGGGAGUAAUCGCCGGCCUUAGGGUUUUGGAGAAACAAUCGACUACUCUGAUGAGAUGGUCCUCGUCUUUGGUUUUUAGUAGUAACAAAAGAAAAGGUAAAAAGUAAAUUUGUUCGUAUCAUGAUUGACAUAUACA